AGAGGUCGCGCCACGCGCCGCACAUCGACAUGUCUUUUUAUACUACCACAGUAAUAUCUCACGCAACCUAUGAUAUACGUCCCAUCGUGCGACUAAGAUAUGGAAAAAGAUGUUGAAUGACCUGUCAACAUAUUUGCUGUCUUGACAACAUCCUUAGACAGAACUGCCCAUGAUGGAAAGAGAAAAGAAAAAACAUCCAAAAUGACACCCCUUCGUUCCACGCUCAUUAGAAUGAAUUCUUUGAGCUAUCUGCAACAAGAAGAAAAACAAAGAAAAACAUAGUAAUCCAUUGGUUCGCAGUCGACGAAAGCGGCGGAGUUUACUGAGCUUUCGAGCCAAUAGGAAUACAUCGGCUUGCUAAAAAUACAUUUUGAAUCAUAGUAGGAGGAGAUGAAACAACACCUCCUUCGCGAAAGGCGAGAAAUACUCUUACAAGUACGUAUCUCUAUCCGAGUAAGACGAGUAACUCAGCUAAGGAAACAAUUCGGUCAACGCCGCAUAUUUAAGAAGAAUUGAUAUUUAAGAAGAACCGAAUAUAAUAAAUAAGCGCUUAACAAAAGUAUCGGAAAAGAACACUUUUAGGCAAGUUUUAUCAAAUACAAUAAAAGAGAAUAGUUCAUGAAAAAAAUAGCUUUUCGCACAUGUCAAAAAUUUAUAUGUAAUGUGUGCAAAUUCUUCUUGUGUUACUUAAUUGAAAACCAAAACGACCGGUAAUGCGCAUAACGAAGAAUGAGAGUAUUUCUAUGUAUAAAAUAUUUCAAAUACGCGAAAAGAAUUUUUUAAUCCAAUUGUGAGCGAAUUUGCGGGACUUGUUGAAUGUGUCAAUGAUCAUGUUACGCGAUGUAUACUGUGGAAUUGCAAACACUGUGGAACAAAUGUGUUUAAUGUCGAUUGCGUAUUAAAUAACCUGAAAGUAUUAGUUUAUCGUACUUGAAUAACUUCAGAUUUGACUCAAAUUAACAUAUUCCAUCUGUUAAAUAUAAUUCCGUUAAUUAUACGUAUCAUUUUCUCCCCCCUCUCUCCUCUCUCUCUCUCUCUCUCUCUCCUCUCUCCCUCCCUCAAGAUAAUAUCAAAAUCAGAAUGAAAACUAGCGGAGGCACUUCGAGUCGUUUGAAUACAAACACAAAUGUGGAGCAACGUUUAAGAAGUCCGAAGUGCGCGAGAUGUCGAAAUCAUGGUGUAAUAUCCGGCUUGAAAGGUCACAAGAGAUCCUGUGCAUGGAAAGAUUGCCGAUGUCCUUGUUGUCUUCUAGUCGUCGAAAGGCAGCGAGUAAUGGCAGCGCAAGUUGCUCUACGUAGACAACAACAAGCGCAAGGCGACAAUCUUUUAUCUUCAGUAAAUAAAAUAUCAGCGGACACUACGAGUAUCAGCGUGACGCAGGACUUUUAUGGAUUAAAUACCGUACAUGGUUUACCUGGCGCAUUAUCAGCUCAUCCUGCACGUUUGCUGAGCAAUUUAUCUUCUCUGGAAUGUGAUCAAAAACAAGAAGCUGAACCCAUACUGAAGAUAGAGUCUUUCCAUUCUGCAUAUCCGACAAUGGUUCCGUGGUUCAAUGAGGUAACGCAAUCAUACAUAGCGAAUGAAGAGUUGAAUAAUUUUAUUUCUACGAGAGAUUUGCGAAGCUGUCCUACAACCAAUAAACCUUGUUUAGAAAAAAAAGCGCCAAUUUCCUUCAGCGUGGAAUCUAUUAUCGGUACGAAAUAAUCUAUUAUCUGUAUUUUAAUUGUUUGAGUAUUAGCGAGCUAUUACCUAUUCA